UUCUCUCUAAAAACCUUUCAGUGGGGAGCUGCCUCUCUCUCUCUUUCUCUCUCAUUCUCUCUCCCUUCCUUCCUCUCUUUUUCUUGCUGGCUUUACUUUUUCAGCUUCAAUCAUUCCCUUUAGAGCUUCUCUCCCUCUCUUCUAGUCCCCCCCUCUCCCUCCCCCUCCCCUGUCGCCUUCCUCGAAUUCCCCUUCUUUUGUGCUGAGUCCAAUCCCAACCAGAGGAAGAAAGAAAGAACAGAAAGAGGAGAAAAAAGGCAGAUAGCAGCUUGCUUCAGUUCACUGCUGCUCUGAUACACAGACAUGGCUUCUGAGACUGUUCCAUCCGAUCACCCCACUGCUGAUCAGCUGAUGGAGAAGAAGGAUACUGAAGAAGUAAAGACGGUCAAAGAGGAGGAAGUCGUCCAUAAGGAAGAUGCGAAAGAAAACAAGGAAGAGGUGGAGAUUGCUAAAGAUGUCGCGGCCACGGAAUCUGAAGUUUCGGUCCCUAAAGCCGAAGAAGAAACAAAACCUGUGGAGCACAUUGAACCUACGGCAGUGACCGUAUCCGAAGCAGUCGAAACUGAGGGUGCCGCAGUGGAGCCUGCCGUGGCUGCUCCUAAGGAAGUGGAAGUUUCUGAAACACCUGAGCCUCCUGCAGUAGCUGCAGAGCCUGCUGAAAGUAAGCCUGAUGAGAAACCAGAAGAAGCAGCUGUGAGAGAGACUGUUUUCGAGGAGAAAAGAGAAGUUCAAGCAGAGGAUGUAAAAGUUGAGGAGAAACAUGCAGUAGAAGCUGUGGAAGAGAAGUCGGAGGAGAAACCAGUGGAAGAACCGGUUGAAAGUAAAGCGGAAGAAUCUGUAGUGGCGAAAGAAGGUGAAGACAAAGUGGAGGAGAAAUCCGUAACUGAAGCAGUCAAGAGCAAAUUAGAGGAGAAAGUGGAGACGGAAGUACCAGUGGUGAGUGAAGUGAAGGAGCAAAUGGGAGCUGAGGCAGUUGAAGCCGAAGUAGUGGAGAAAACAGCAGAGGUAAAAGUUGCAAGUGAGUCGGAGGAGAAAGUGGAAGCUGAAGCUGUUCAGAGUGAAGUGAAGGAGCAAAUACCAGCUGAGGCAGUUGAAGCUGAUGCGGAGAAAUUAGCUGCUGAGAAAGUUGUGAGUGAAUCGGAGGAGAGGGCAGAGGCUGAGACAGUUGCAAAGGAGUCGGAAGUGAAGGAAGCUGCUGAAGCAGUCAAAGAAGAACGAGAAACAGAACCAGUGGCUGAAACAACCGAGAAGCUCAAAGAAGUGGAGAAAGUAGUUGCUGAGAAAGUUGUGACUGAAUCAGAAGAGAAAGCUGAAAAUGAGACAGUUGCAAAGGAAUCAGAGGUGAAGGAAGCUGCUGAAGCAGCCAAAGAAGAACCGAAAACAGAACCAGUGGCUGAAACAACUGAGAAGCUCGAAGCAGUGGAGAAAGUAGUUGCUGAGAAAGUUGCGACUGAAUCCGAAGAGAAAGUCGAAACCGAGACAGUUUCAAAGGAAUCAGAGGUGAAGGAAGUUGCUGACGAACUCAAAGAAGAAUUGAAAGAAGAAGCAGUGGCUGGAGCAACUGAGAAGCUCGAAACGGUUAAGGAAGUAGCUGCUGAGACUGUGGAACCAAAAGAAGUUUCUGAGAAAGUCGGUGAAGCGGAGACUAAACCAAUAGAAGAGUCGAAUAUCGUCGAGAAUGUGGCGGAAAAAGUGGAGAAGCCAGAGCAAAGCAAUUCCGUGAAGGAAGAGAAGGAACCCGCUGCAGUUGAGGAAGUGAAAUUAAGUCCUAAAGAAGUAAGUGCAACGCUAGGGGAGGCAUUUGCUGCUGAGGACACGAAGAAAGAAGAGGCUGCAACUGUGGUGGAGGACAAAGCUGUGGUGACUGAGGCAGCAGAGGAGGUGAAAGAGAACGGAAGCGAAAAACUCGAGCCAAAGCUAGAGGAGCCAAGUCUUGCCGAGAGGACUACUCCUGAGGCCAAGACAGUUGAGGAGGUGGAGAAGAAGGAUGAGACUGGAAAAGAAGAGAUACCCCCAAAAAUCGAAGCACCGAAAGAUUCAAAAGAAGGCGUGAAGGCAGAGGAGGCUGUGAAAACCGAGACGAAGGAGGAGACCAAGGAGAGUGAGGACACCAAAGCCACCCGGGACCUUCCAGUUCAAGAUGCCCCUGCAAAGACCACGAAGCAGUCGGGCAACAUAAUGUCGAAGGUGAAGCAGUCACUCGUGAAAGUGAAGAAGGCCAUCGUUGGCAAAUCUCCGAGCUCCAAGACCAUUACGGUGGAUGCAAAGGAAGGUGAAAAGGUCAAGUAAGUACAGGAGGCAGAAGGUUAAAUUAGUGCUUUGGAUUAUAUUGUUCGUCCGAUUUGUUUGUCAUAGCAUUCUGUAAAUAGAAGGUACUGGUCAUGCAUUCAUUCGGGUUUGAUUCGAUUUGAUGUAAAAGCUUGAGUGAAAGGAAGAAAACAACAUAGGGACAGGGUAGAUAUGGUGUCAAAAAAGUAUUUUGUUUGAGUUUGGUUGGUGUUUUUGUUAUGCUGAGUUGUGAUGUGGGUGUGGCAUUUACUUAAUUAAAUUGGUUAGACAAUGUAUUGAUUUUUUUUUUUUUUAAUCUCCUCCCUCUC